GACACUUGUUGCAUCAACACAGAAAGCAGCGCCGAUCUGAGCGAAGCCAUCAACUCCAUGUGGAUGUGGUACCGCGCAUCAGCGUUUUGCUAUGUACUGCUCGAAGACGUAAGUACAUUGCCGGAAUUUGCUGAGGCACGGUGGUGGACCCGAGGUUGGACGUGACAGGAGCUACUAGCCCCUUACAACGUCGUUUUCUUCAACGAAGACUGGUGUCGUCUUGGUGACAACCGAACACUGAGCGCCGUGAUCACCCGUCGCAGCCGCAUUUGAGUGACGUCCUGAAUGCAGGCGAGCUAUUGCGGCGAUCAGUUGCGGAGAAGAUGUCGUGGGCAGCCGGGAGGAACCCAACACGAGUGGAAGAGCGAGCGUAUUCUCUGUUGGGUAUCUUCGACGUCCAUAUGCCUUUGAUCUAUGGUGAAGGGGAAAAGGCUUUCUUGCGGUUUCAGGAAGAGAUCGUCAAGCGCUCAGACGACAAUUCCCUCUUCGCAUGGCCCAUCCAUGACAGCUACCAGCCUCAACUGCUAGUUAACAGCCCAGACGCAUUUGCAAGCUGCGGCGCCGUCCGUUGCAUGCAAUCACGCAAAGGCCGCUCGUCCUACUCUCUCACCAACCGAGGGCUGUCCAUCAAGCUUCCUACUAUAAUGUACAGUACGGAGAUGUACUUGGUCCGCCUAGAUCGUGGUGACCCACGCCUGUUGAGCAGAGCCGACAGCGACCAAGUCGCUUCGUUCCUGAUAGAUAUAUUCCUCAUGAGGCUGGACAAAGAUGAUCAGUUUGCCAGAGUCGAGCACGCUGGAUAGACGUUCAUACAAGCGCCACCGUCGACCUGGGAUGACGAGCAGUGGCGCUUAAACCGGACAGGUCGGCCGGUGGAGCACUUGAACAUCAACGUGCGGCGAAAUCUCGUAGACGCCGACCCGUGGACAUGAACCCGGACACUUGGACUCGGCGGGAUCGGGUGUACGGUUUCCGUUUCGCCAACAAGGAGCUGAUCGAGGCAUCCGCUUCCGGCAAGGAGCGUUACCGAGUGUCUGCUAAGAAUU